UCUUCUUCUUCUCUAAAACCUCAGAGGAUAACUGGGCAGCUCCAUCCUUCUUUUGCUGGCUACUCAAUUUUUUUAUUUUUUCACUCCUCGAAAUAUAGUGUCCAAACAAGAGUAGCCAGGGAGCCAAAAUCAAGAAAGUAAUUAUAGUAGCUGGCAGCUGCUGAUAUUCCAUGAUAGCUAUGUUACCUGGAAUGUGGGAUUUUGAGAGAGUUUGUUGGGUAUCUUAACUUGGGAACACUUCAUGCUCUGGUUGUAGAUGCCUCAAGUAUCUAACCGUCGGUAUAGCUAACCUCAAAAGCUGGAACCUGAUAUAGCUGAUCUGUUUGUAGCACAAGAUUUCUGAUGAAAAUUAUGCUUUUAACGUCAUCUUUUGUCCCGCUUAGACCAUCCCUUCCAUCUCCUCUUUGUGUGCAAUCACCACCUCUUUAUACAUUUGGUUGUAGUCCUAAGACUCAUGUGCGCACUUCUCCUUCAUUUGCCUUCCAACUCAAGUCACCCAAUCCCUCAUGUGGACAUCAAUUUUCCGUGGCUGCUGCGGUUCCUUCAAGUCAGGGGAGUGUUUCUGUUGUUCAUUUUGAAGAUUUUGUGGAGAAGGAUUGGUCAUUUCUUGAUCCUGACGAGGUAAAUAAUGAUGGAGAGCAUAUGCAGAAGAUUGAUCGAAUUAUUUCUGCUGGAAACAUCAAAGAAACCUCAAAAGUUCUCGUGUCUAUUGGUUCUGAAGCAUUUGUGGAUAGGAUGGUUGAUUCAGCACCUUGUGAACAGUUGCUUGUCGUUCAUGACUCUCUUUUCGUUUUGGCAUGCAUCAAAGAGAAGUAUGAUAAGGUCAAAUGUUGGCAAGGGGAACUAAUAAAUGUACCUGAGAAGUGGACACAUUUUGAUGUUGUAUUUCUCUACUUCCUCCCUGCUUUGCCCUUUGAACUUGAUCAGGUUCUUGCAGCCCUUGCUAGCCGAUGUUUGCCAGGAGCAAGACUAGUUAUCAGUCAUCCCCAAGGCAAGCAAAUACUUGAAGAGCAGCAACAGCAAUAUUCAGAUGUAGUGGUCUCCAAUUUGCCAGAAAAGAUGAUGUUACAAAGCACUGCAGCUUCCCAUUCAUUUGAAGUGGUGGAAUUUGUGGACAAACCUGGAUUUUACCUUGCUGUUUUGAGACUCAACGCAGAGUCAGAAAAAUAGAUAAAUUGUUGUAAGUUAUCGUGCAUCAGGUUUGUAUUCAAUAUGAUAAUAGGAGUUCACAGUAUGUGCCGAUUGGUUGUUCAAAAGUUAUAGAUAUUUCUGCAUCUUCUAGUUACUGCCAAAUCCAGAUAAGCUGUAUUCUUUAACAUAGUUAGUAAUUCUGAUGGCCUCUUUUGCCGAAACAAUAUAUUAUUCAGAUCAUCAGAAUUGCUUCAAUAUACUGUAACUUUCCAAUUGUCA